AUUUCUUUGAGAAUAAGCCUCUAAAUUUGUCCCCGGGCCUUAGCUUUGAUGGUAAAAGGUUUAUAGUUGGAUGGGUUUGGCAUUCAAAGAGUUGCUGGCAACUGGGUUUAGCAAUUUGGGAUUACUUUUUAGGUUUUAUUCAUGGAGUUUUCCAUACUAAUUAAAUUACUAUGGUAAUGGCGCAUGGGGCUUUAAAACUUUCUGAACAAAUAAACCAUCAGACUUAUUUGCAGCUCUCUACAUGAUAUAUUGUUGCUUGCGAUGCACUUCAAUGCCAUAUCAUGUCUGUAUGAAGAAAUGUUUAGCGCUAAGGAGUUAAAUGAGAUUGAUGAGAAAGCUGAGAUCAUGAAUGCUGAGUACAUCAGCUGAAGAAGAAAAGACCCACUAACAGGCAGAUCAAAGGAAAACUAAAGUUCUUGAGACGUUAGAAGGUGCAAAAUUAGUUGUGUCACUUAUAUUUGAAUAAGUUGGAGGGUAUUUUAGCUCUCAGAGGCACUUGAUCAUACAUGGCCUCAACAUUACUAGAAGGGGAUACAGAUAACAUAUAUAACCAUCCAAGUGAUUAAUCUAUGCAUCACAGUUUCCUGUAGAAAGGUUAAAAAGAAGAAAAAAAAAAAGAAACAUGAUGAAGGCAAGCAUUGUUGAACUCAAAGUUAGCUACCAGAAGCACAAGUUAAGAGAGAAUGGUAAAAAGUCCCUUGGAAAGGAAAAGGUGGCACCGAAGAAAGGAAAGAGCAAGAUUGCUUCGCAUUAGUAGUGAAUGGGUGGUAGGUCUUCAAUUCCUCACCAACAACUUUGAUUUUCGGAACAGCCAUCUCCUAACAUUGGAUUGAACUCAACGAAUUGCGUUUUGCUAGUGCAUGGAGGAUCUGUUGAGAGUUUGUCUCGGUAGGGAACUUUACGAUUUUUCAACCCUCUCUUUCAAAUCCUUGCUUCUAUGGGCCAAAUCACUUUUCUCAGAAGUUUUCUCCUUGACGGGAUUCAAAAAGGCGGAAGACUAUGGUGGUUCAAGAUCUGCUUCGAGAAGGUCUUCCCUAGCAGCGUUUUAGUGAAAAGCAAUUAUUGGUCUGAUGAUGGAUGGUGAUGUGUGUUAUAAGUGGUCCAAGAUGGUUGUUAUAGACAUCAUAAUUAGCAUUUUGGGGCUAAAGAAUGGAACUUUUAAGAGACUUGAUUGCAUUUUCUGUAGCUUAUCCUCCACUAAACUGGUAAACAUGGAACUUUACUAGAUUGGAUUGGGUGUUGAGUGUUCUAUUGCUCAUCCUCCAUUGUUGGUAUAAAGUAUAUUAAAUUCUGAAUUCUAUGAAUUUAAUCAUUGUAGAAGGACCAUCUAGAUGCUUAGACAUUUAGUGACAAUUCAUUAAGGUCUGAUGGUCACUGUUUGUACUUGUGAUUGGCUAUAUGUACUUGUAAAGUAAUGAUUGAUCUCCUUGUUGGUAGCAUAAUAUUUUUGAACUACCAAACAAUAUAUAGGAUACCUAGCGAUGUUGGUGAUUUCCUAUGAUUUGGAUGUCCAUUUGAUACUCCAAAGAUGGUAGAUCUAAUAUAUCUCUAGUUGGGAUUGCUGAGAUUCCUUGUUGGUGUUAGUCUCUACUUUUGAAGGAUCAUAACUGGUCACUUAUUAGUUUGGCAACCAUGUGUUGUGCAAUUCUCGUAAUAGUUUGAUGUAGUUGUCAAUACAAAGUGGACUAUUGUUGGUAUUUUCCAAGUCUAAAACCAUUUCAAAGGUAGAGGGACGAUGAUGUCUUGAGAGAAUAACAGCCUUAUCUUCCAUUUUAUUUCACGUACGACUACAUUGCUCAUAUAUCAAGAUUUGUGCCACUUCUUUUGCCAUAAAGAUAGCUUUUAAACUAGUUGAAAGGGACCAUGGUCACUGGAGGUUUUCAAAUAAAAUUUUCAGGUCAUAGCAGCAACAAUUAGUAUGUUAGGAAAUAUGAGUUCUGUAUUUGAUCCUAUGGUCAAAUUUGCUUUUAAAGGGCUUUGGUAGUUUCAAUCGUCCUACUGCUGAGUUUUCCAAUUGAAUUUAUUUUUGGCACCAUCUGUGGUCAGCUCUCUCUCACUCUCGAUGAUCAGUCAAUCGAUAUUGUAUGUUUUAGUGUUCUCAUAUUCAUUUUCUAAAUCUUUCCUAAUUUGUUGACAUUUAUCAAACUAUAUUCCUGAACAAAAACUUGCACAAAUUGACUCUUUGUUACUCUGCAAUUUAACCACGGCAACUUUGAUGCCAAUCAUAGUUUUUACAUCCCUUGUGGUGGUGUUGGCCUCUUUUGUUUCUUCCAUUUGUUGUUUCCUGUUCUGUGUGAAAACUUUGGGAGAUAAUCAGGGUCCUCUCUCAUGCUAACCAUACAUAAGAAAUUGAUGUGGCAAACAUAGUGGAUUUUGAGUGUUGGAGCUGCCAUGGGCAUGGACAUUGUGCUUUGGGAAUUUGUGGUUCUCACUUCUCAUAUUGAGGAAUGUAUGUAAUCUGUCAAGGUAGAUUGGAGGCAAAAGAUAUCCAAUUAUCUUGUCUUAGAUAUGUAGAUCUGGGCUGGAUGAAUGGAUUACAUCUUAGAAGUUCAGGGUCUUCAUGUUAAAUGUGGCUCUACCACUUUAGAGAUUGAGUUCUUUCACGAAAGCCUUGUUACUUGAAGGUUAUUGUGGAGACACUAGUAUUUACCAUUGAGUGUAAAUAAUGAUUGUGGUAGUCUAUUGAUAUGGAACAACCAUUUCCUAUGUACCAUUUCUUAACUUAGAAGUGUGGAAAUCUCUACGACUACAUUCGAUUGUUUUUUCAACAUUGAAAUAUUUUAAGCAUUUGUUCCUGGGCCGCACUUAGAAUAUAUAUAGGACAUCGUGGGUUCGCUCAUAGGUGCCUAUGACUUUAUCUUCUGUAGGAUCUUGAGUAUGUCAGGGAGAAAUCGUAUGCCUCGCCAGCCUGAUAGAUUCCGUGGUUUUCAAGAUACUGCUGUGCCUAUUUUUCACCGAGGACCAGGGCCCCUCCCUCCGCAUCCCGCAUUUCUGGAAGAGGAACUUGAACUCCAGCAUAGAGAUAUUCAGAAGAUUCUUGUUGAGAAUAGGCAUGUGGUUGAUGAAAAUGUAGCUCUCCAAAGGGAACUGAAUGCUGUAAAAGAUGAGAUCCACAGAUUGGGAGAAGUCAUUCCCAAACUGCGUGCAGAAAAAGAGACUCAGACCAGGGAGUUAAUUGAGAGAGGAUUAAAGCUAGAGGCUGAGGAUCGUGCUGCUAAGCCUUUGAGGACGGAGAUCGUGCAGCUAAGAGCUGAAGCUCAGAAAUUAAAUGCUUUACGACAGGAAUUGUCUGCUCAAGUUCAAACCCUAAGAAAGGACAUCACUCGAGUGCAAGCUGAUAAUCAGCAAGUAGUUGCCAUGAGGACUGAUAUUGAUGGGAUGCGCAAAGAGCUCAUGGAAGCCAGAAGAGUUUUUCAACUUGAGAAACAAGCAAAUGAGGAGCAGGUGGGACAAAAGCAAGCAAUGGAGAAAAAUCUUGUUUCCAUGGCUCGUGAAAUAGAAAAGCUACGAGCUGAGCAACUGAAUUCAGAGAGGAAAGUGCGGGGUCUUGGUGCUGGGGAUUAUGGAAUGUUGAAUGGAAGUCCUGCCGGUGAUUAUGGAAUGUUGAAUGGAAGCCCUGGACGGAGACAUCCUGGCAAGGCAUAUAGUGAUGUCUAUGGUGGUGGCGCUUGGGCACCCUAUGAUAAGCGUGGCCCUCCCCGACGCUGAUCCUUUCUAGAGAUGUUGGGGCAUUCGGAAUUGCAUGUCUAGAUUUUCACCCAUUUUACUGAAAAGUGGGCACAACAUUGGUUUUAUUGACAUUAUCGUAGCUGAUGUGCAAGUUUAUGUAUUAAAUGUGGUUUAACAGAGAACCAGCUUACAGAUUAAAGGAAUAUUGCAGUUGCUUUAAGCAAAUGAUGUCAUUUGUCCUCAUCAAAAUUAACUAGAUUCUGAUGUCUAGUGUUCUAACAUCUAGUAGUUUGUUUCAUGCUACUCACUUAAAUUGAGAUGGAAAUUGUCUUGGAAAUGAGCUUGUUUUGGUUAUGUGCAAGUGUUUUAUAUGUUCCUGGAUUUCAGCUGAUUACUUGCUUUCUAACUUCGCUGUUCAUCCCAGGCAUCCUUGCACUCUUGCUUAUUUACAGCUUCCCAAUGUACACGGCUUGCAUUUUCCGCCAGUAAGAGAAUUGGCCCGUAAUUUCUUGACCUUUCGGGAGGUUUUUCCUGUUCUAAUAGAUGGUUGGUAAUAAUCCAAGAUCUCUAUGGCA